CACUGCGCGGUGGUGACGUGUGGUGUCUGGGAGCUGUCCCAGGAAUCAUGGUGCUGAAGCUGCAGCACCGACUGAGCAGCCAAUGAUCACAAGGGAUUGAGGGCUACGGAUUCUUUUCACCUCGAGCAGGACAGUCCGACGAUCGUUUCGGAUUUUAACGGAUGGAUUUAGAGCCUGUCUGCCUGCUCCUCGGAUAUGGUGGUUCUUUAUUUGGGAAUUAUAGCCCCACCGGGACUUUUCAUCAAACAGAGCUCGGGCUUAAAAUCCAUUAAUAAUGACAACAAUUAUUAGUCGUAGAGAAAUCGGUGUUGCUCGCCAGGUCUAAGGAUUCUGCUCCCAAAUACGGCACUCUGUCGACUGAUUUGGUUUGGUUUGAAAGCCUUAAAAGACGUCGACAGUGUCUGAGGUGCUGAUUUACAACGUGGCUGUUUGUCAUUUGGAUGUGAUUCUUGAUUAUGCAGCUGAGCGUUUGGUUGUGAUCCUCCUUGAGUUUAUUGUACGACAGGCAGAUAGGAUUCUUUUCUCCUCCAGUUAUUGUGGAUCUGAAGGGAGAGCCCAUUCAGGUAGUUGAUUCUGUAGCAUGCAGACUAAGGCCAUGAAUUGGCAGCAGACACGAAGUGAACAACCCAAGAGCCUUAAUACUUGAAUGCAUAUUUUUAUUAGUCUAAUAACUGACUCCCCAGAAACCAAUUAUUUUUGUAACUUAAUGGCUUCUGACACUUGUUUGCAUCAGUUAAUUCCUCUUGUUUACACCCCUGCGUAAAAUCUAAGAAUUGGAAGAGACUCAUAAGUGUGCGUAAAAGCUGAAAAGGCGACUUGAGAGCGCGUCCCCGUGCACGCUAUUUUAUGCUACGACAUCCAGAUUGCUUAUGAGGGGGACACAAAGACUCUACUUCCUCCAGCACCUUUGCGUGGUGCUCUGAUCUGCUCGGAGACAGCUCGAUGCUGCGCAGCAGGGGUAUGCUGAAGAGCCGCUGCUGCGUCCUGCUUGGUGACCUGAGGGUGCUCCUUCUCGGGCCACCGGCACCGCCGACUCCAACCCCCAUGAGCGGUGAGGCUUCGGGAAGCCACGAGGCAAGCAUCGCCGACAAUAACAAUACGCUAACGAGGAGCCACCAGGACGCAGGGGACAGGACUGCGUCCUCUGCGGCCGGGGCCACAGGGACAUCCGGCGGGGAGCGACCGGUGGAGGGCUGGGUGGACGCUGCAGAGCUGUCAGCAGCCCUGCGUGGCUGCAGCAGCUCAUCUGAUGAUUGCUCAAAGGGGAAGCUGGAGGAGAGGUUCUCCCUCACCAGCUACACUGAAAGUGGCUUCAGGACGCCUGUGUGCAGGAUCUGUUUCCAAGGACCAGAGCAUGGGGAGCUCCUGAGCCCGUGUCGCUGCAGCGGUUCAGUUCGCUGCACCCAUCAGCCCUGCCUCAUCAAAUGGAUCAGUGAAAGAGGAUCUUGGGCCUGUGAGCUCUGCUACUACAAAUAUCAGGUCAUUGCCAUCAGUACAAAGAACCCACUACAGUGGCAGACCAUCUCCCUGACAGUAAUAGAGAAAGUGCAGAUAGCAGCAGCCAUUCUAGGCUCCCUCUUCCUGAUGGCCAGUAUUUCCUGGCUGGUUUGGUCAUCUUUCAGCCCAUCGGCCCGCUGGCAGCGUCAAGAUCUGCUUUUCCAGAUCUGCUACGGCAUGUACGGCUUUAUGGACGUCGUCUGCAUCGCGCUAAUUGUCCACGAGGGACCCUCUGUGUUUCGCAUCUUCCAUCGCUGGCAGGCUGUGAACCAGCAGUGGAAAGUCCUGAACUAUGAUAAGUCGUUGGACAGUGAUGACCUGAAGGAUGUCACAGUGGACAGGACUGGGCCUCAACCAGGCCAGGGUUACCAAACAGGGAUAGGAGUCUCCACCUCCACCUCCUCCCUCAUGGUGGUGGCCUCCACGGCCGCCGGCUCCACAUCUACGACUGUGGUGACGAGCGCCGGAGCGUUUGGAGCCCAUGUGGACCCCGGAAUUGACAUCACAGUGCCAGACCAACACUGUCCGUACAGCAUCCUUCAUUUACUCAGCCACCUGAGGCAGCCAGAGACCCGCAGCCAACCUAGCAAUAGCACAAGAGAGCUGGUCAUGAGAGUCACCACAGUCUGAUGAGUCAGUUGAGGCCUUAUCUCACUUGGAAUCUCACUUGGAGGUAAAAGAUUUCUACAGCUGACACUUUCAAGGAACUACUGUCUUAAAAGCUUUGGAUUAAUACAAUGUUCUUGGUUAUUUUCAAAUACAUCUCUGAUGUCUCUCCAUGAACUGAAUAAAAGUUGAAGUGGUUUGAUUUGCAGGUUGGAGUGGAACAUAUUUAUUUGAAUGAAUUAUGUAGUUUCUUUACAAAUUUAUUAAUACCAAAAUUCAGCAAAAGCUUUAAAAGUCAGUAAAAACUUUGACAAAUAAACUUUUUGGGGACUUACAAA